GGAGAACUCAACGCCUGCAGCCCAGCCCAGCCCAGCAUGUACAAGCACCCACCGCAAUAUCCCCAUGCCCAAACACCCGCCGGUUGUGAGUACAAAUAUCGUGAUCUUCCGCUCCCACCAUGAAUCCUUCUCUCUCCAAGUUUAUGCUCGCCCACACUCCUCCAUCUAUCCUCCAUCCCACCCCUACCAUGACAACUGAGCUCCCCCUGAACACUGGUGCCUCGAUUCCUGCUCUGGGACUGGGAACGUGGCAGUCUGCGCCAGGCGAGGUGAAAGCGGCCGUUGUCCAUGCAAUUGAGGCGGGGUAUAGACAUAUUGACUGCGCAUUCUGCUAUCAGAAUGAGGAUGAGGUCGGUGAGGCCCUUCAAGAUGUCCUAUCGAGAGGAAUUGUGAAGAGAGAGGAUCUAUUCAUCACGAGUAAACUGUGGUGCACGUUUCAUACAAGGGUGGAAGAAGGCUUACAAAAGAGUUUGGAUUUAUUGAAAUUGGAUUAUGUGGAUCUGUAUUUGAUGCAUUGGCCUGUGCCUAUGAAUCCGAGUGGAAACCACCCCCUCUUCCCCAAACUCCCUGACGGCUCUCGUGACAUCGACCAUAGCACUACGCACGUCCAAACCUGGAAGAACCUCGAAAAACUAACUCAAUCUCCAUCCCCCAAAGUCAAGGCCAUCGGAGUAGCAAACUACUCCGUAAAAUACCUUGAGAAGCUCCUCGCACAAGCUACCAUCGUACCCGCAGUGAACCAGAUCGAGAACCAUCCAUAUCUCCCGCAACAGGAGGUUGUCGAUUUCUGCAAGGAGAAGGGCAUACAUGUUACUGCAUAUAGUCCGUUCGGAAGCACGGGGUCGCCAAUGUUCAACGAUGAGGCUGUGAAUGAAGUUGCGAAAAAGCAUGGUGUAAAGGUUGGAACCGUGUUGUUGAGUUAUCAUUUGGCACGCAAUUCCUCCGUCCUCGCCAAAUCAGUAACACCCUCUCGCAUCGACGAAAACCGCAAGCUUAUCGCCCUCGACAAUGAAGACAUGCAGAAGCUCGAGUCUAUCUCCAAGACAAAGGGACUGACGCGGUUUGUAUACCCACCAUUCGGAGUGAACUGCGGAUUCCCAGACAAGCCUGAUGGGAUGGAUUUGAGCGGUUGAGGGGCUUAGGAUUCGUGUUAAGAAGUAGGACAGGGGAGAAACAAUUCGAACGACUAGGGAGGAGAUAUUAAAGCAUACCGACGAAUACCCCAUAUCGUAUACAGAUAGAGAUUCGAAACGUGCUUUUAACUAGGUUAAAAACAGCAUUUGCAAAAUUCCGCCAAGUUUCAAGGACUUUAUAG